CCCUCCGGAGGAGCACAUGCACAAACCCUUCUCCCUCCCCGAUUACUGCCCUGAAGCCACUGGAUCUCUGCUGCUGCUGCUGCCGCUCGGAGAUUACACACAGGACUCUCGACUGAUCGGAAACUUUUGUUGGAACUUUCCACAAAAGUUUUGUUUUCUUUAAUGGAAGAUCACGAGCGAGUGUCGGAUGGUGUAUUCACUCCUCUGUCACAUUGACCAAUCUACCGCGAUGGAGCCGUACGCGUUAAGUUUUUCUGAGCCUUAUUGAUUGCUGAUUAUCGGGGACCUAUUGAUCUGCGCGGAUGGAUCUACAGGUGAUCGUGUGGCUGUUCUACUGCCUUCUGAUGCCCACAGUGCUGCUGACAGCUUGUCUUUUUCGCUACAACGCGCUGUCCCUGGUUCACUUCCUCUACCUGCUGCUGCUGCCAUGGUUCCUGUGUCCCAACAAGCACACCAUCAGAGGUCCCACGGGUCGGUUCAUCAGGGCGGUGUUCUGCACCAGUCUGCUGUUUGUUCUGGCUCACAUCUGCUUCCACACAGUUCUAUACACAUAUCCCCCUCUCAACAUCGCCAUAGGGGAUAACUGCUCACAAUGGGACAUCAUAACCAGACACAUAGGACUGUCCAGGCUUCCGUUGGAGGAUCCUUGGAGUAUGAUACGUCUUCUGUGUCCUGACCUGGGUGUGUGUGUGGUUGCCUUGGUGACAAUGAUCCUGUGCAGUAGAUUGGUCAGCAACAGAGAAAUGGUGGCUGCUGCCAACAUCACGUCGCUUGAAGACGAUACAACAGAAAAAAACACUGAUGAUGAUGAGGAGGAGGAGGAGGAGGAGGAAGAGGAGCAGGAUAAGAAGGAGGACGAAGAAGAGGAGGCAUCAGGAGAUGAGGACGAAGAGGAAAGGUCAUUACCUGGUGACCCUGACGAGGAGGUUUCCACAGCAACGAGAGCCAAGCAGCUGGCUGAGCGUCUGAAGGCCAAGGCCCGGAAAAUCCUGCGGGACCUGGGGAGGAUCUUAGCCAUCAGCCUGCUGGCUCUGGCUGGCAUCACCCUGCCCUCUGCCUUCUCUGCCAUCUACUUCCUGCUUUUCAUCGGCGUGUGCACGUGGUGGGCGUGCCACCUUCCCAUCAGUCACCUGGGUUUCAACGCUCUGUGUGUGAUGGUGGGCUUCUUCACCGCCGGUCACAUGGUGUGUCUGUACCUUUACCAGAGCCUGCUGGCCCAGGGCAUGUUCCCCCCCCACAGCCUGUGGGCCAGACUGUUCGGUCUGAAGGACAUCAUCAUACCCGGGAACUGCUCCUCUCCCUACGACCUGAACCUCAACGCUGAUCAUGACUGGCCCGUUUACGUCAACCCAGGGAUACUGCUCUUACUCUACAUCACCGUAGCAACCGUUCUCAAGACAGGAUAUCACGGGACAUCUAACCAGGUUAAGGAGGAGCAGCAGCAGGAGAAAGCAGAAGAGGAGGAGAUGGUUGAGUUAAGGCCGUGGAACCAACAGAAAGAAAACCCUGAAGAUGAGACACAGCUCAUGCUCCUGUCGAUGGGCUCAGAGAGCAGCAGAGGAGGAACCAUGGCUGAAGAGAGUCCGGCAGAUCUGGGUGAAAGUGGCCCCCAUAGUGGCCCCCGACAGAGUGAAAGCCCUUUCUUCCUGCUGGGGAAGGUGGUCAUGCAGCAGAGCUAUGUCUGUGCUCUCAUAGCCAUGAUGGUGUGGAGCAUCACGUACCACAGCUGGCUGACCUUCGUGCUGCUGCUGUGGGCCUGCCUCAUCUGGAUCCUGCGUGCCAGGAGGCAUGCGGCCACGCUGUGCUCUCCCUUCAUCCUGCUGUACGGCCUGGCUCUGUGCUGUCUGCAGUACGUCUGGGCCAUGGAGCUGCAGCCCGAGCUGCCCACCACUGUGGGCACCAUGAGCCUCCGUCAGCUGGGGCUGGACCGAGCCCAGUACCCCUGUCUGAGGCUGGGAGCCAUGCUCCUGUUUACUCUAACCUUCUGGCUGCUGGUGCGUCAGUCAGUGAAGGAAAACUUCAGCAGGAAGAGGAAAAUGACCACGCCACUACAGGAGGUCAUGACAGGAGAGGAGGGUUCCUCUAAUGAGUCGGUUCUGAAGGUUCUGGGGGGGAUGGUGAUGAGCUGCUAUGCCAAAUACUGGAUCUACGUGUGUGGAGGCAUGUUCAUCAUGGUCUCCUUCGCUGGAAAACUAGUUGGAUAUAAAAUCAUCUACAUGCUGCUGUUCCUGCUCUGCCUCUGCCUCUACCAGGUGUAUUACUCCCUGUGGAGGCGUCUGCUGAAGAUCUUCUGGUGGCUGGUGGUUGCCUACACCAUGCUGGUGCUGAUCUCCAUCUACACCUACCAGUUUGAAGACUUCCCCGGAUACUGGAGGAACUUCACCGGUUUCACAGAGGAACAGCUGGCAGCGAUUGGUCUGGAGACGUUCGCUCUCUCUGAGCUCUUCAGCAGUAUUCUGAUCCCCGGGUUCUUCCUGCUGGCCUGCAUCCUGCAGCUGCACUACUUCCACAAGCCCUUCAUGAGGAUCACCGACCUGGAGCACGUACUACCCCUACACAAGAAGAAGAGCAGUGAGAGGUCUGAGCAGACUGACCCGGGGAACAUUGAGGAGGAGGAGCUUGUGACCAACAUGGAGGAGGAAUCUGAAGACGGAGUGGAGUUGACCCCCAGUAAGUGGGGUCUGGUGAUGGACCGGUUACUGGUUCUGUCCAGGAGGUUCUCUGACAACCUCACCAAAGUUCAGGUGUUUAUCUGGAGGCUGCUGGAGCUCCACAUCUUCAAGAUGGUGGCCUUCUUCUCUGUGUGGGUGUCACUGGAAGAGCCCUCGGUGAUGAACCUGGUGCUGGUGGUGCUCUGGUCUCUGGCCAUGCCCUUCUCUCGCUUCGGGCCCAUGGCUUCCUGUCUGUCCACGGCCUGGGUGUGUGUCAUCAUCAUGUGCAAGAUGCUGUACCAGCUCAGUGUGGUCAACCCUGCUGAGUACUCCAGUAACUGCAGCCUGCCUCUAUCAAAUGAGACCAACCUGCUUCCAGAAGAGAUGAUGAACUCCUCCCUGUAUAAAGACCCAGUGGAUCCAGCCAAAUGGUUUGGAAUCAGGAAAGAUGCAACUGUACUGGGAUACAGCAAGAACCAUUUGAUAGUGCUGAUGUUGCUGGUGUUUGAGGCGACAGUGUACCGUCACCAGGCCCAUCACUACCGGCAGCUCCAACGCUCCCCCCCUACCAUCCCCGCUCUGUUCCCCUCCGCCACCAGGGACACUCUGGACCAGGGCAUCAUUCCCUGCCUCAAGUACCUGCUCAACUACACCUUCUACAAGUUCGGAUUAGAGAUCUGCUUCCUGAUGACGGUGAACGUGAUUGGCCAGCGGAUGAACUUCCUGGUGAUAAUCCACGGCUGCUGGUUGGUAGCCAUCUUGGUGAGGCGGCGGCGGGCAGCCAUGGCCAAGAUCUGGCCCAAAUACUGUCUCUUCCUGUCCAUCUUCAUGAUCUACCAGUACCUGCUGUGUGUGGGCAUCCCCCCUGCUAUCUGUAUAGACUACCCGUGGAGGUGGGACACUCCAGUGCUGAUUAACUCAGCUCUCAUCAAAUGGAUCCAUCUGCCCGACUUCUACACCGUGCCCAACUCCAAGAACCUCAUAGCGGACUUCGUGCUGCUGGUGUGUGCGUCUCAGCAGUGGAAGGUGUUUGAGUGUGAGACCACGGAGGACUGGAUGGUUCUGGCCGGGGAGAACACCGACGAACCCAACCCCAUGGAGGGUCGACUGUUCAACCCCGCACCCAACUUCAUCAACUGCAGGAGUUACCUGGACAUGGCUAAGGUGUUGGUGUUCCGCCAUCUCUUCUGGUUCGUGUUGUCUGUGGUCUUCAUCACCGGGGCGACCAGGAUCUCUGUGUUUGGGCUGGGCUACCUGCUGGCCUGCUUCUUCUUCCUGCUGUUCGGGACCCGGCUGCUGGUCAAAUCCUCCAGGACCCGCCUCGCCCUGUGGGACUGUCUCAUCAUGUACAACGUGGCCGUUAUCAUUUCUAAAAACAUGCUAUCAAUCCUGGCGUGUGUGUUUGUGUUUGAGAUGCAGAAGAGCUUCUGCUGGGUGAUUCAACUCUUCAGCCUAGUGUGCACAGUCAAAGGAUACUAUGAUCCGAAAGCAGUGAGCGAUAAGACGUGCAGCCUCCCUGUAGAGGAGGCGGGGAUCAUCUGGGACAGCAUCUGCUUCCUUUGCCUGCUGCUGCAGAGGAGGGUCUUCCUCAGCUUCUACUUCCUGCAUGUGAUCGCAGAGCUGCAGGCCUCUGCCAAACAGGCCUUCAGGGGGUUCGAGCUCUUCAGAGCCAGCAUCGUGAAGAACAUCAAGUUCCACCAACAGGUGGAGAGGAAGUCCCUGUCGCAACUCAAGAGAUCGAUGCAGAGGAUCCGCUCCAAGCAGCAGAAGUACAGAGAUGGACACAAAACAAGUGAAGGCUCUACCAGUAAACCUACUGCUGAGAGCAAGAGAGACAAGAGGAGUUCCAGGAAGAAGAAGUGGCACCAGCCGUGGUUGGACCAUGCUUCAGUGCUCCACUCAGGGGAGUACUACCUGUUUGAGUCAGACAGUGAGGAUGAAGAGGAGUCUGAAGAACAGAAGCCUCAAAAACAGACUGCCUCUCAGUUGGCGUACAAGGCGUGGGUGAGCAGUGUGAAGACCGCUCUGAAGGAACGCCAGAAACAACAGAGACAGAUGAAGAGGAUCGAGAGGAAGGGGAAGGAGAGAGAAGGGAGAGCGGAUCCACAACAGGAGGCUUUCUCUGCCAUAGGUUGUGGGGACAGUGAUGUGUUUGAGGACCCUUGCCUUCAGGAGGAGGAGCCAGAGGAACAGGAGUCUGGUCACGGGGAGAUGGUUCAGAGGAUCCUGGACAUCCUGCGCUUCCUGUUGGCUAUCGUUCUGGCCAUGGUGGAUGGACUGACUGAGUGGCUGAACCUGCUGACCAAACAGUACAGAGAGACUUCCACUGUCCUGUGCAAUGAACGCUACUUCGUCAUACACAAGAUACAGCAGCAGAACACCACAGCAGACUCCACAGAGGAGCAGCUCUCUCAGGACGAAGAGAGCCCCACUCUGGAGACCUGUUUGGAUGACACUGAUGCAGACUUCCCCAGAUACAGCUGCCUGGAGGUGGACAGCAGAGAUGUGAUGGGCCGCUCCACCCCCAGGCCCAGGCUGAACAGCUCUGGGAACCUGUUGAGUCCAGACCCCCCCUCCAGCAGCAUGGAGCUGAUACCAGUGCCGAGCAAACAACAGAACAGACACUCGAGAACAGCCAGUGAGCUGCUGGGAGACAGGCAGUUCUUCAUUGAGGAGCUUGAGCAGAGCAGGGAGUUCUACCGCACUCAGAGCCGCGUGCUGCAGCUGCUGUUCGCCCUGUACAACCUGCUGGCCGCCAACUCAGAGCUGGUCUGCUACCUGAUCAUCGUGUUGAACAACGGCGUCAGCGCCUCCGUCAUCUCACUGGUGCUCCCCAUCAUGGUGUUCCUGUGGGCCAUGCUGUCUGUUCCGAGACCGACCAAGAGGUUCUGGAUGACUGCCAUAGUCUACACAGAGGUGAUGGUGGUGGUGAAGUACCUGUUCCAGUUUGGAUUCUUCCCGUGGAACAGUGUUUAUGAGAUGAAUCUGAAUGAAGACAAGCCGUUCUUCCCUCCUUGCAUCCUGGGCCUGGAGAAGACGGACAACUACAUCAAAUAUGACCUGCUGCAGCUGCUGGCGCUGUUCUUCCACAGGUCCCUGCUCAUGCGUUACGGCCUUUGGGACCACGAAGGCCCCCUGGAGGAGCAGAGCCCCUCACCAGAGAGCUGUAAGGAAGAAGGAAAAAUGAAAGAAGGAGAGGAAGAUGGAAGGAGGAAGGAGGGGAGAGUAGAGGAGGAGGAGGAGGGCAGAGUGAGCUCUACAUCCACACUGGAGAAUCUGGAAAUCACUCAACGUGAUCAAAGUGAAAAGGAUUCUGGGGACUUUGUUGAGCCCAGUACCAGCUCUGCUGCUCCCUCUCAGCCUCCUGCAGCUGAAGCAGCUCCCAGUGGCUCCAAAGACGGAGAGGAGCCUCCGUCUGGGCCCCAGGACAUUGUGAAUCUUCCCAGCAGGCCAAGGGAGGAUAAGAUGGAGGCAGACAGUGAGCAGGUUAUAGAGGAAGUCCCAAAGAAAAGCAGCGGUCUCCGCUUCAGAAGGAAAGCUAAACAACCCAAGAACCAGCGCAGCACAGAGGAGGCCACAGCUGAGAGUGCAGAUCCCUCUGAGGAACCAGUGAAGAAGAGGAAGCAGAAAGGCAGGAGGAGAGAGGAAGCCAGUCAGAAACUGCUGGCUAUGGGACACAAGAUAAAACAUGUCUGCAUCUCUGGGAUUCAGAGUGUGUACAGGCCGGCGCAGAUCUUCUUCGGGGGGAUCCUUCAUGCUGAGUACCGGGCUGCCACAGAUGUCUAUGCGCUCAUGUUCCUUACUGAUGUCAUCGACUUCAUCAUCAUCGUCUUUGGCUUUUGGGCCUUUGGGAAACACAGUGCAGCAGCCGACAUAGCCUCCACCCUGUCAGAGGACCAGGUUCCUGAGGCCUUCCUGGUGAUGCUGCUCAUCCAGUUCAGCACCAUGAUCAUCGACAGAGCGCUGUACCUGCGCAAGGCUGUGUUAGGAAAACUCAUCUUCCAGGUGAUCCUUGUGUUUGGGAUCCACCUGUGGAUGUUCUUCAUCCUGCCUGCUGUCACUGAAAGGAAGUUCAAUCAGAACUUUGUGGCCCAGCUCUGGUACUUUGUCAAGUGUAUUUACUUCGGCCUGUCAGCGUAUCAGAUCCGCUGCGGAUACCCCACUCGUAUCCUAGGCAACUUCCUCACCAAGAAAUACAACCACCUCAACCUGUUCCUCUUCCAAGGGUUUCGUCUGGUGCCGUUUCUGGUGGAGCUGCGAGCAGUGAUGGACUGGGUUUGGACCGACACCACUCUGUCUCUGUCAAACUGGAUGUGUGUAGAGGACAUUUAUGCCAACAUCUUCAUCAUCAAAUGCAGCCGUGAGACAGAGAAGAAAUACCCACAGCCCAAAGGACAGAAGAAGAAGAAGAUGGUGAAAUAUGGCAUGGGUGGACUCAUCAUCUUCUUUCUGAUCUGCAUCAUUUGGUUUCCUCUACUCUUCAUUUCAUUGGUCAGAUCAGUGGUGGGUGUGGUCAACCACCCCAUCGAUGUCACAGUGACCGUCAAGCUGGGAGGAUACGAGUCCCUGUUCACCAUGAGUGUGCAGCAGCAGUCCAUCCAGCCCUUCACAGAGGCUGAAUAUGACCAGCUGACCCAGAAAUUUGGAGGCAAUGCGGUGGCCAUGCAGUUCAUCACGCUCUACAGUUAUGACGAUAUUGUGACGGCCAUGAUUGAAGGUAGUUCAGGAUCCGUGUGGAGGAUCAGCCCCCCCAGCAGACAGGAAGUCAUUAAAGAACUUCUUGGAAGUCCAGUGGACCUAACACUACGUCUGGCCUGGACUUUCCAGAGGGACCUCGGUAAAGGAGGGACAGUGGAACACACAUUUGACAAACACUCUAUAGACCUGGAACCUGGGAACCCAGUCAGAGCAGAGUUGGCCUCACUGCUGGUUGGCAACCGCUCUGAGCCUGUGCAUGUUCCUAAUAUGUUCCCUAACUACAUCCGAGCCCCCAAUGGAGCUGAGGCCAAACCAGUCUCUCAGCUUUAUAAAGGUACUGAAGACGGUUUCCUGAACAUCACACUGUCCCUGAAGAGUGACAGGUCCCUUAAUGGGAACAUGGAGUGGUGGGACAUUGCCAUUGCAGACUGUGCCCCCUCCCCAUGUGGAGUUCUACCCAUGGUCAUUUUCAAUGACAAAGUCAGCCCCCCCAGCCUGGGUUUCCUGGCUGGAUAUGGGAUCAUGGGUCUGUAUGUGUCCGUGGUUUUAGUCAUUGGGAAAUUUGUGCGAGGCUUCUUCAGCGAGAUCUCACACUCCAUCAUGUUUGAGGAGCUGCCCUGUGUGGACCGCAUCCUGAAACUCUGCACAGACAUCUUCCUGGUGCGUGAGACAGGAGAGCUGGAGCUGGAAGAGGAACUUUACUCCAAACUGAUCUUCCUGUAUCGAUCUCCAGAGACUAUGAUCAAAUGGACCAGGGACAUGUACAGUCGAGAGCAGGACAGAUACUGACUGACUGAAUGACUGACUGAAUGAUCAUGUUGGGUUGUAAAAGAACACAGUGAUAUCUGAAGCACAUUGAGAUGUCCAGAGGACGACAAGAGCAGGGCUUCUAGAGAACACUCCGUACCAGCAUGGCCUUACAGCCUCGGAGACACAUGAAAGGAGACCCUAAUCAACAUCUUCUUCUGCUGGCCUUCUGUUGCUGUAGCAACUUCUCUGCUGCCUGAGCAUGUUCAUCAAACCACCUCACACUCCAGACUAUUGAGAGUGCUGUCCCUCUGUGGGUGAGAUGGAGAGCAGCUGGAUGUCUGUCCUGCAGGAUUUGGACAUACCGCCCCUGAAAGGCCAACUUAGCAGUCAAAUUGGGCUGUGUCAAUGGGCAGAGGUCAAAGGUCAAACAGAACAGAAGUCAGACCUCUGCAUUGGAGCCAUGCAGGUCCAGAGACUGUGUGCUUGAAACUAAUUGUAGGUCACACCGUCUGCAGAUACUGUAUGAGUUUGUCGAUGCUGAUUUGAAAAUGUACUUUGCUGUCAAUCAAACUUACAAAUCUCUUUGAAAUCAUGAGUCCUUGUAAAAGUAUUGUGUGUGCAAAAGCCAAGUUACUCUGACUUAACAUCAUGAACCGAGGUUUAACCAAACAUGUCCGCCUUUAAGUGCCUUUAAGGUUUCAAGAAGUAGCCAUAUUCUAAGUUUGGAAUAUUUAUAAGCAGCUCUUUCAGCUCCCGGCCCCUACAGGAAAAAUAAUGCAACAUAUGGCAUGAACACUUAACUUCCAGGUUCAGAAACGUCUGUCACGCAGACCUGGUGGUGUGGAACCUUUUGAAGAAAUGUAUCUUAGUAGCCCUGAGAGCUCAAUGCACUGUAAAUAAAACAUAUGCAAAUAGACAAAACACAAGCAAAUAAGAAACACUAUGUUGAUAGCUGCAUACAGAGAAAGAAAACUGUUUCCAGGGAACACUUAAAAGUGAAGCACAUAGCUGGGACAUAUACUGUAUUUGUCCCCAUGGUUUGUGUCUUAUGAACUUAUUGAACUCAGGUAUGAAAAGGAGCUAAGAUGUAGUUAGAUUGUUUUGGCUUAUUCGUGAUCAUAUGAUUCAGUUGUCGCUGCAAAUGUCAUUCAGUUCAUUCGACAAAAUGUCCACAAAUCAUUUCAAUAAGUUCUAUGCUUUGUUUCACUCCUGUUGUUGUUGUUGCUCUGACAGGAAAUAAUAAGGGUUCAUCUUAAAGGGGCAGAAAAAGGAAAGCACCAACACUUGGAGGGUGUCGCUCUAUAAUUCAGAAUAAACACCAUUUUACGAUGGGAUUUCUUUUUCCAA